UUGUUAGAGAGUGUGUUUUCCAGCUGAUCCGACUCAGGGGCAGGAGGAGGACCAACUGUGAGAGGGACCACCGCACUUCCUUUUUUGUUUGUUUUUGUGUAACUGGAACACCGCACUUUUUUUUUUAUUUAGCAAAGGAAAAAAAAGACAUUUGUUGUAUAAAUGUCUUUUUCCUGUAACCAAUCACUGGAUGGCAGUUUCCCUCCGUCUCCAGCGGAGGACAGGGGCUCCCAGAGGCUGUCCUGGAGCAACCUGCUGCAGAAGCUCGUUGAGCUAAAGGGGAUCAACCAGGGGGCCUCGGCGGAUCAGUACUGCAGCAGUGAAACUGGAUCUGUUGCAGACCUUUCCGUGUCAGACUCCGACAGCAGCUUCUUCUACCCCCUUGAGGAGACCCUGGCCGCGGAGGUGGUGGCCACAGUGACACAAAGCCUCAACAAUGCAUCGCCCAUCCUGUGCUGCUCCAAACUCUACCUACCCGACUGUCUGAUGCGCAACAUCGGCCAAGAGCUCCUCCAUCUGGCCUCCAACGAACCCUGUGGACUGAGGGGGGCCGUGAUCGACCUGUGCGUGGACAGGGGGGAUCAGGGCAUGCUGUGCACAGUGGAUCAAAUAGCAGUGGAUCCCACUCUGGUCCCGACCUUUCACGUCACCCUGGUGCUGAGGCUGGAGUCUGGGGGACUGUGGCCCAAGGUUCAGAAGCUCUUCAAAGGUGGAAAGCCCCCAUCUGCAAUGUCCCCGAGGCACCACAAGACCCUGCGGCUGAGCAGCAGCUUCAGGGCCAUCAGGAGGAAGCUGUACAGCUCAGGAGAGCUGCUGAUUGAAGAAUGCCGCUAACUCAGGAGCACUCGCAUGCCUUAUUAGAUUACCUGAACUCUUUUUAUAAUCAAUCUUUACCGCAUAUUCAUUUAAAAAAAAAAAGCAUUUAAUUGCACUGACAUCCAAGGUCCUUAAACAGUUGUAAAACUGUAAAUAAAAAAGGACCAAACUGCAUCUCAUGGCAGCUACUCACCUGAUCUCAGGUGGCUCACAGUGAAAACUCAUGUCUGAGUCCUCUUUUUUUUAUGACUGUGAAUUUCCACUUUUGUAAGGGAAUGUAUUUACUAGUAUUAAAUAUUUGCACCUGAAACUGCUUUGUAUCUUAAAGAUUAAAGAAUACAUUAUUUUCUAUUA